AUGGUGAUGAAGAUCUAUGGAAGCGUCAACUCCACCGAGACCACGCGGGUCUUUGCUGCCCUCUACGAAAAGGGCCUCCCGUUCGAGUUUGUCCCAGUCGACAUGCGAGCUGGCGAGCACAAGGAAGACCAUUUCCUCGCCCUCAACCCUUUCGGUCAAGUCCCGGCCUUUGAGGACGGAGAUUUGAAGCUAUUUGAAUCAAGGGCAAUCACUCGCUACAUUGCUCAUAAAUACGCGGAAAAGGGCACUCCGCUCGUCUACGAGGGAAAAAUGAUGGCGACGGUGAACGUUUGGACUGAGGUCGAGGCCCGCCAGUUUGACCCCGUGGCGUCGAAGCUACAGCGGGAGCUCGUGCACAGGCAGAUGUUCGGCGUGGCCCCGGACGCUGCAGUAUUCGAGGAGAAUGGGACCGAGCUCACCAAGGUCCUCGACAUCUACGAGGCCCGGCUGAGCCAGUCCAAGUACUUGGGCUGCGACUUCUUCACCGUCGCCGACCUCCACCACCUCCCGGCCCUGACCAACCUGAUGGGGACACCGGCGAGGACACUGUUCGAUGCCCGCCCUAAGGUGAGCGCAUGGGUGGCCAACCUCAUGGCCCGGCCGGCGUGGGUCAAGGUUCUUGCCUUGAGGAACCAAUACUAA